AGCCUACAAACAAAGCUACUAUACAUCCAUGCAUGCAUGAUCAGAGCUACUGGCUUCAACAUUUUCCCAACCAACUGAAUCGCCCAGCUAGCUAGCAGCAUCAGUUCAUCCACAUGUCGCCCUGUUAAUAUAACUUCGAGUACGUACCCAGCAGCAUAUCAUAUCGUCGCACCGCGUCUUGCGUACGUGCUAGUAGGAAGCUCGAAUAGCUAGCUAGCUAGCUAGCUUGGUGACCAUGGUGGCCACGGCUUGUAAUGGCGGGGGGCUCUUGUGCUACAAGGUCCUUUCGGUGAGCAUGAUGCUAAUACUGCUGCUCCGAUCGGGGCUCGUGGAGCCGGCGGCGGCCGCGUGCUCCGUGGACGCCAUCUACAGCUUCGGCGACUCCAUCGCGGACACGGGCAACCUCCUGCGCGAGGGCCCCGUUGGCUUCUUCGCCUCCAUCGGCAGCUACCCGUACGGCCAGACCCUCCGGAAACCCACCGGCCGCUGCUCUGACGGCCUCCUCAUCAUCGACUACUUUGCGAUGGCGCUGAACCUGUCGCUGGUGAGCCCGUACCUGGACAAGGGGGCCGACUUCGCCAGCGGCGUCAACUUCGCGGUGGCCGGCGCCACGGCGCUCGACCGGUCCGUCUUGCUGCUGAGCGGUGUCAUGGCUCCGCCGGCGAGCGUGCCGCUCAGCUCCCAGCUCGACUGGUUCAAGUCGCACCUCAACGCCACCUGCCCCUCGCAAGAAGAUUGCACGAAGAAGCUGGCCGGAGCGCUGUUCUUGGUCGGCGAGAUUGGAGGGAACGACUACAACUACGGCUUCUUACAGGGCACGAGGUCGAUCCAGGCCAUGAAGGCCUACGUGCCACAGGUCAUAAACGCCAUAAUGGACGUCGCCAAGGAGGUGAUUGAGCUUGGAGCGACGCAGAUCAUCAUCCCGGGGAACUUCCCGAUCGGGUGCUCCCCGAGCUACCUCUCCCUCUUCUCCGUGUCCGGCUCCGGCGACGACCUCGACAAUCGGGGCUGCCUCAAGAGCUACAACGCCUUCGCCCAGCACCACAACGAGCAGCUCCAGGCGGCCAUUGACGGCCUGAGGAAGGCCAACACCGACGUCACCAUUGUGUACGCCGACUACUACGGCGCCUUCAUGCACCUGCUCGACCAUGCUUCGCUCCUAGGGUUUGACCAGGGCGCGCUUCUCCACGCGUGCUGCGGGGCGGGAGGCGCGUACAACUUCAACAUGAACAUGAUGUGCGGCGCGCCGGGCACGAGCACGUGCGCGGACCCGGCGCGCCGCGUGAGCUGGGAUGGCAUCCACCUCACGCAGCAGGCGUACAGGGCCAUCGCGCUGUCCCUCCUCAUGGAGGGGUUCGCACAACCGGCUGAUGCCGUGCAAGAGAUCUGGAGCUGCUAACAUCAGCUGAUGAUAUGGCCUGUACCUGCUAUAGAUGUGUGUGAAUAUUUUUCUCAGAGAAUCUAGCAUUUAGACUAGAAUUUAGUGUGCGAGCUGCGGCACUGUGUAAGCGCAUCUAUAUGCUUGUACUAUUCAUGAAAACGUGACCUUUGUUCAUGCACCACGUUUUCAUUGUUUUGAAUCGAUACAGUCCGUACCAUUUUUACAUGUACAACAAAAGUUAAUUAAAUAAAAAAACAGUAAACAUG